UGCGACAUGAAAAGCAUGGUUAUCAUGUGACGGGAAGAUGCUUCUGAGGACGGUUCGGCGUUUGUGCCUGGGGAACUCGAACUUCUAUAGUGGUUUUAAACGGGCAGUGAGUUCGCGCUGCCUGCCAGCUGCCAACCACAGGGGCUUCAGAGGAACUCUGGUAUGGGGUGUCCCCAUCAGUGCCAACAGCAGGUGCCGCAGUGCCACACAUCGAGUUAUAUUAACCUCUGGCAUACAGCGUAGGUCAUGUGACAACAACAAGAAGAGCUCUCCCUUCAUGCUGGCGGCUGCUGCAGCAUUUUCUCUUUUCUCUAAACUUAUUGACAAGGAUGAUGAAGGGCUUACAGAAUCAGAAAAAAAUAUAGUUUACCUUCUUAAGACUGCCAAGCUGAGUAUAAUGAAAGGCGAGAUGGAAGAAGCAGAAGACAUUUUACACAAGACCCUUCAUCUGGCUCAAGAAUGUGAUAGCACGCGGGCCAUUACUUACACUUAUGAUCUGAUGGCAAACCUGGCAUUUUUGAGAGGCAACUAUGAAAGUGCAGAAAAGUUAUUCAAGACCACUAUGGUGUAUAUGCUGGAUGGAGGUAUCAAACAGGAUGACAAUAAAUUUAUUGAGGUAUCACUCAAGCUGGCUAGUAUCUACGCUGUAUUGAACCAGAAGGACUUGGCAGUGGCGGGUUUCCAGUUUUGCAUCUUGAGUCUGGAUGAAAAAAUUGAGAAGGAAAAAGAUCUGCCAGAGGAGGUCCAGACAGCAGAGGAGAGGAAAAACACACGCCUUCUUUUAGGGCUCUGUCUGGAUUCGUAUGCACGUUACCUAGUAGCAAACAAGCAGCUGGUGUAUGCUCAGACCAUGUAUGAGAAAGCCCUACAGAUCUGCAUAGAGGAACAAGGGGAGCUGCACCCACAGACUGUGACUCUUCUCAGUGACUUGGCCUCCGUGAUGGAAGCACAGGGCCACUAUGAUGAAGCUUAUGCUUUUGUGAAUCAAGCUCUUGGUUUGGCUGAAAAAAUUGAACACCCUAAUCACCAUGUCAUACUCAGUAACUUGGCAAUGAUCCUCAUGCAUCAAGGGUCGGAUCACUUAGCAGAUACUGAGCGGAUUUUUAAGCAGGCUCUGGCAAAGGCGGAGGAGAAAAAGGACUCUGAGUCUAUUCAGUAUAUUAAGGAAGGGCUGUCUGAAGUGGCUAGGAGGCAGGAGAAAAAUAAAACCCAAAAUACAUAGCAAUCCCUUUCAGCUACAAAAUAGCCAGCAGACAACGAUAUUCCAUUGCACAAAUGGGUUUGGACAUGUAAGAUGCUAUUUGCUAGACUUGUGGGGACUGGAAAAAAAUAUAAAUUAUUGGUUUUAAAGUAAAUAAAUAUUGGUUAUAAUUUG